AUGUCUGCAUCACAAAAUCAAUCCUCCCUCAACUCAGCUCCCGCUGGUACAACCUUUGGUCCCAAUUUCGGUGCACCAUCCUCAACAGCAACUCCUGGAAUGUCAGUAGGAUCAGCUACAGCAAUGGGUCAUGGCGAUCAUCCAAAAGACAACGCAGAUGAUAGUAAUGUCAAAUUACCAGGUUCCAAAUACGGACCUCAGCAAGAAGAUUUAGAUGGAGAGCAAAUGAGGAUGGCAGGUGAAGGAGAAGUGAUGGGUGCUCAAUUCAAUAAGAAGAAUGGUGGAUGGGGUGAGGAGGGUAGUUAUACAAGUGAUUUGGAUAGACAAAAGGCAGAGCAGAAGGAGGCUAGAGAAAAGAUCAAAAGCCAACGAGCUCAAGGUCUAGAUGUUGAUGGAGGUGGUGGCGGAAGACUCGCGAAUGAGAACUUGGGAUCUGUUUAA